AUGGUAGAUCAGAAACUUUUAUCUACACAGCAGGUCUCCGAGCACAGGACACCCGAGGACUGUUGGAUUGUGGUUGACAACCAAGUGUGGGAUGUUAGCGACUUCCUUGACGAGCAUCCAGGCGGAUCAACCAUUAUCCUAAAGUACGCAGGCCGAGACGCAACACAGGCCUACUCCGAAGUCCACGCCCCCAGCGUCCUCAAGACAAACCUGCAAUCCGACAAGUUCAAAGGCGUGCUCGACAAGUCCUCCAUUGACGACGCAUGGCUCAAGCCACCACCAGGCGAGAACCGGAAACUUCUCCAGGACAAUGAAAGGCCACCCCUCGAAACCCUGAUUAACUCCCAUGACUUCGAGGUGGUCGCAUCCAAGACAGCCAGCAACAAGACGUGGGCAUUCUAUUCCAGCGCAGCGACAGACUUGAUCACCCGUGAUGCGAACAAAUCUUGCUUUGAUCGGAUAUGGUUCCGGCCACGCGUGUUGAGAAAUGUGCGGUCUGUGGAUACGAGGACGAAGAUUCUCGGGGGUGACUUUAAAUUACCAUUGUUUGUGAGUCCGGCGGCGAUGGCUAAAUUGAUUCAUCCUGAGGGCGAGUGUGCGAUUGCACGGGCAUGCGAAAGUAAAGGGAUUAUGCAGGGCAUCUCCAAUAACUCCUCCUACACUAUGGACGAACUACGCACCGCAGCACCAUCAGCCAGCUUCUUCUUCCAACUAUACGUCAACCGCGACCGCGAAAAGUCCGCCACCUUACUCCGCCAAUGCUCCGAGAACCCCAACAUCAAAGCCAUCUUCGUGACCGUGGACGCCGCUUGGCCCGGAAAACGCGAAGCCGAUGAGCGAGUCAAAGCCGACGAGAGCUUAUCAGUGCCCAUGUCGCCAUCCAAGGCGCAAAAUGAUAAGAAAGGUGGUGGGUUGGGCCGUGUCAUGGCUGGAUUCAUCGAUCCUGGCCUGACGUGGGAAGAUCUGCGAUGGGUCCGACAGCACACGCAUAAGCCGGUGUGUUUGAAGGGAGUGAUGUCCGCGGAUGACGCGCUGUUAGCGCUGAAGGCUGGUAUGGAUGGGAUUUUGUUGAGCAAUCAUGGAGGCCGGAAUCUGGAUACUAGUCCGCCGUCGAUCAUUACGUUGCUUGAGAUUCAGAAGCGGUGUCCGGAGGUCUUUGAGAAGAUGGAGGUAUACGUGGAUAGUGGUAUUCGACGUGGAACGGAUAUUCUCAAAGCUGUCUGUCUGGGCGCGACUGCCGUGGGUAUGGGUCGGAGUAUGUUGUUCGCAACGAACUAUGGACAGGAGGGCGUGGAGCAUUUAGUUGAUAUUAUGCAAGAUGAGUUGGAGACGGCCAUGCGUAACGUCGGGAUCACCUCGUUGGACGAGGCCAGUCCCGACCUGGUACACACGGGCGAUGUUGACCAUUUGGUCCCGACAUCCCGAGCACACCCCUACGCCCGGGCCAUUGCCAAAGGCCGACGGGAUUCGAAGAUUUAG